AUGUCGUCCACUUCGACCAAUGGAAGCGCCUCCGCUGCAGGGACAACAACGGCAGCCGCCCGCCGCACCGUGAAGCAGCACCCAAACUCCCACCUCAACAACCCAAGCAGCCUGAACCUGCUGCAAAUCCACGAAGCCAGCCACAGGCAGUUUGUGCGCCUUCUCCAGGCCCUCCAGAACACCCGCAAGGAAGCCCCUGCUGCGCUCAUCUUCGAUGACUUUACAUAUGAGCUCAUUCUUCGCAUAGUGCCAGAGUGCCGACCGGCGCUCAUUGACAUUGUCGCGAACAUCAACCAAGCCGAGCUGUGCAUCGAGCAGCGCAGCGUUGAUGUGGUCAUCUUUGCUGUGGCCCCUUCUCCCGCGAACAUGAAACGCAUUGCGACGGUGAUUCGCAAGUUUACGUCCGACCAGCGCGACUUCCACCUCAUCAACGUGCCCAGAGAAACAACUGUCUCCAGCAUCAUCCUGAAGGAGGAGGAUGUUGCAUCUGAGAUUCGGUCGCAGCACGAAUGGCGCGUGAACGUGAUUCCCCUGGACCCGGACCUUAUGACGAUGCACAAGCCGCACGUGUUCCGUCAAUACAUGGUCGACAACGACAGAUCGUCCUUCAAGGACAUUGCACUCGCCAUUAUGCACAUUCAGCGCAUGUAUGGCAUUAUUCCACGCGUCGCGUACAAGGGCCCUGCUGCCGCUGCUGUGACGCGCAUGCUGCAGCGGAUGGCGCGGGAGGAUGCAGACCCACCACACGUCGCUCCCGAGAUUGAGUCCCUCGUCAUCAUCGACAGACAGAUUGAUUGCGUGACCCCGCUGUGUUCGCAGCUCACAUACGAGGGUCUCAUUGACGAAGUCUACGGCAUCAACCUCGGCUUUGCGACGGUGCCCAGUGCGCUUGUGCCGGACACCCCGCCAGAGCAAAAGACGCGUCGUGUUGUUCUCAAUUCAAGCGUGCAGUUGUUCAACGACCUUCGAGGACUUCAUUGGCUACAGGUUGGCCCGCUGCUUGCCCGCCGCUCCAAGAUGCUGCGACAGGAUGUCAGCGAGGGCAAGGGCUCUCUCAACGAGCUCACGCGCAUGGCGCAGUUUUCGUCUAAGCUGCAUCACAUCAAGGCUGAGCAGAAGUUUCUGCCCAUUCACACGAACAUUGCGACGGAACUGAAGAAGAUUCUCACCACGGAUGAGUUUAUGCAAAACUACCACACGCAGCACGCGAUCCUGGGCAUCCAGUCGCAGGGCCGCAUGUUCAAGAUGCCGUCGUUCUUCAAGCGCGGCGGCGAUGCGGAGAUGGCGUACAUCGAGGACUGCAUUGGCCGCGUUGAGCCCCUCUCAAAGGUGCUGCGGCUGUUGUGCCUUCGCUCCCUCGUCAAUGGUGGGCUCAAGCAGUCCACGCUCGAUUUCUUCAGACGUGAAAUUUUGCAGACGUACGGGUCAGACUUUGUGCUGACGCUCGACAACUUGACCAAGGCUGGACUGCUCACAACCCACAACCCGGAGCGGGCGACGUUUCCGCACUUGUCGCGGGAGUUCCGGCUGAUUGAGGACGUUCCAGAUGACGAUUCGCAGCUCGACGACUACCACUUUACCUACAUGGGCUACGCACCUCUCAGCAUUCGCGUCGUGGAGGAGCUCGUCAAGCCUGACAGGACUGGGCUCAUAACCAAGGACGAGGUGCUGAAGCUGAUGCCUGGCCCACACGACGAAUGGCGUCAGCCGCUCCCACCGGGACUGCAGCCAAAAGGUCGCGGCUGA